AUGGCUCGUAAGCGUAAGGGCCAAUCCCUUAACGACUGCCCCAAGGACCUUAACGAUAUCCCGUACAUCCGCUGGAUGAACCAGGAGAUCGCUAACGGCCGUCAUCCUACCGGCUUAUCCGCUCCGCCCGCGCCUGACGGGCAGGGUUCUAGUGCACCGUCACCCAACGCCGGUCCGUCACGUGUGCGCCGUCAGCCUCCUCGAACCGGUGCAACAGUUAGGCCCGUCGCCGAGAAAUUCGUGGAUGACGACGAUGAGGAAGAUGCCGACGAAGCCGUCGGCAGUGACGAGGAGAACGAAGAGCCUGAGGAUACGGGCAUGUCGCCGUCGGACGACGAGGGAGACGAUGACUACGGCAACGACGACGCGGAGGAGGAAGUGCAACCUGUGCCUCGGCCGCCGAAACGGAUCACCCCUCGUGCUUCUGCCGCUGACAAAGGCAACGGCAAGGCGGCUGCACCACCGGCACGACAGGAGCCCCGGAAGAAGCGGUCGGCUGCCCCGGUAGAGAGGGGCAUGUGGUCGGACAAGGAAAGCACCAUCUUCGCCGCGGCGCGUUGGUUCACCAAGGACGAACUCGAGCCGCUCAAGGGCAAGCAGGGGACGCAGUACUGGGUGCGCCUUCUCGCGCACAUCAAGGAGUCGAACCCGGGUUGGUGCAGGAACGUCAAUGCAUUGCAGAAGCAGUGGCGCAACUUGAUGCUGCUUUGGAAGGAAUACAAGCGGGGAGAUGGUGGUUCGGGCAACGGAUAUGUGGAAAAACCGCCAUGGUGGCCGUACUUGGAGCUCUUCAACAAGGACACCGCUGCAGCCGCACCGCAUGCGGUAGACGGCGGCGGCGCAACGAACGUCAACGUGCAGGCGGGCAUGGAGGUACCAAGUUCCUCCCAGCCCGUCACUUCGACGCCGACCUUCACAGACGCAGUUGGAGGCGAUGCCGGCGACGUCAACACCGUCACUCCGGUUGAUGACGAUGUGGAGAUAUGGGUCCGCGGCGCCGACGAUUAG